UCAAUCAAGUCUGAUCCGCGCUUGACUGCUUCAACGUAGAUCACGUGCCCUCUCAACGAUUGCUCAGCCGAAAACACUAUCAAGGUAUCGAUGUGGCAAUGAGAAAAGCUUUCUAAAACUUUGUGGCUGUUCUGGAGUAAUUUGAAUACUUUGUUCUGUCAAGCUGAUAUAAGAUUGUCAGAGAGUAACAGACAGGAAUUUAGAUCAUGAAGUGAUUGUGGACAGUUUGGACGAUGGCAAUUUACAACCGUCUACAAACUUUAAAGUAACUACACACAGCUUACUACAACACAACAACAUAAUGAUCAGUCCUCAAAUCAAAGUUCUGUUAUUCAUCGCCGUUGUUGGAGGACCUAUUUCUAUUGGGAAAGCCUCCCCAAUAAGCCUGAGGCCAAGCAUCGCUCAAGGAGUAGAUGGAGGACAAGUAUUCCUACAGUGCAAUACCACAACAAGCGCAAAGCCAGUCCUUAAAUUGACUCAAAAUGGAAAAGUCAUGCCCAGGUCGAGAAUCUAUUUAUCCAGAGUGCAGGGAGGUUGGUUCAUACGAGUUGGACCAUUAAGGGCUGGUACCUAUACUUUAACGGCGACCAGUGGCGGAUCUGCAUCAUCGUCGAUUAUAUUUUAUAAAGCUAAGAAUACAACGGUUGGCUUUCCAAAGAUUGUAAGAAACCCUCGCUAUCGCUUUAAAAAGAGCGGCGAGUCAGUAACGUUUCAUUGUUCUGCGACUGGUUCGCCUAAACCCCAAAUAUUCUGGACUAAAAACAAAGUUCCAUUGGUAGCUGACAAGAGAGUUACAAUGGCUAAUGAUGGAAGGCUGAUGUUUACUAAUUUGCAGAAGUCAGAUCAAGGAUAUUAUGAAUGUGUCGCUCAAAAUUUACAUGGAAUGGUAUUCUCAAGAAGGGCCAGGCUUUACAUACGAGUGGUUCAAAGACCUCCACGUUUUACUGUGAAACCACGUGACCAGGUAGUAGACCCUGAUAGUGACGUCACGCUUAAUUGUGCCGCCGAUGGUUUUCCCAAGCCAUCUAUUGUAUGGGAAAGAGACGGAAGCAGGAUWUCUGGCGUGUUGAAUGGAGUCUUGCUGAUCAAGAAGAUCAGACGGUCGGCUAAUUAUUCCUGCACUGCUGAUAGUUACGCCGGGAAGGUGAAAACGUACGCUUACGUUACAGUCAGACGUAAGUUACUGUUGUUUGUACUUGAAUAUUGUGAUUAA